AUGGCUACCGAAGAUGGAACGAGUAGUCGCGAAACUUCUCCCGACCCCAUAGUCCUGCCUUCUUCGCCCCUCUCCGGUCGCAAGGUCCGCAGUACACGCAAGAAAGCAGUCACUCCACGAAAGUCCCGCUUGUCGCAACAACAAACACGCGCCACGCCGAGUAAAGAAAUUGUUCUGAAUACACCACAAUUGGGCAUCGCGAAUGAUGGGAGUCCAUGGAGGAUCAAGGUGACUGUGCAGGCUGAGCAGAGGGACAGUCCGGGGAAGAUGAUAACGAAGACGACCAGCAUCCCGUUGCUGGACAGUCCGAGUCAGAGGAGGAGGAGUGCUUCGCCAGUGAAGAGGAGGAAGGCCACGCCGAAAAAGAAUCGGGGAAGGAAGAGGAAGGGAGCGCCGAUCGAGGGGAAGAGGACUGCGCCGCCGUUGAGGGCGGGGCACAGUGUUGAAGCGCCCGAGCAGGAAUCGGAACCAGAGCCAGAGCAAGAGCCAGAGGAGCCGCAGGACGGCGAGGUCUUGGAUUCCGAGUCGCAUACUCCACCAAAUCAUCGUCGAGCUAGUGGACGAUUGACAAGGCUGAACGCACAAUGGUCUGAUGGAACUGGGAGGACAAAGCGACUGAGUCGAGCCAGAGAAGAGCUGGACGAAGCGCUGCAGGAUGCUGUAGGAGACGGCCACGGAGAUUUGACACUUAGUAGAGCUGAGGACUUUACCAUGGUUUCGUUGGAGAGCCUACAUACGACAAAAGAGGCGAGCUUUUUGCACAACUCGCAGCUGGCGCGGAGCCACCUAUCUACCGUACGUGAAGGACAAGGAGAGAAGUCCGCGCUGAGCGUGAGCUAUUUGCCGAGUAGUCCGCCUAAGGGGCAGACUAUUCCUCAGUAUCCAGAUCUCAGCACGGUAAAGGCGCAGACAACAAUCCUGUCACCUUGGCAGCCUUCAAUGAAUCGUCUUACUGCACAGGCGACAUUGCAGUCUCCUUUCGAGCCCACGAGCUCUGCUAAGAAGAAGAAAUCUGGCUUACGGCAGAGUAUCGAUGCUAUGAGCUGGAAGCCGGCCUUACCUGCAGAAAUGAAGUCUUCGUCGAGCAAGUUGAGCAGAUUACAACCUGUUCUGCAGACUCCGCUAGACCAGUCAGCCAAUGUAUCCAGCGAGACGAGGAGACAGUGGCAACUAGAGCGGGAGGCUGUGAGUCAGCAGAUUCAGCAGGCGAGUCCGGAGAACGUCGUGGAGAUCGAAGACGAUGCGCGUAUGAGCAACGCUGAGAGCUAUGAUGAGGAUGAUGUUGGAGAUGAUGCGGACGUGUGGCAGACUGAGGCUUCGCGAGAGAUCGAACCGCAAGACACGCGACACACAGACCUCCAAAGAGACCAGCUAGUCGAUUCCCAAAGAUCCGAGAGAGUGGAAGAUCUCUUUGCGCACAUACCACUGAAGCCUGCACGGCCUAAGAUACCUCGCACGUGGCGUCGAUCAUCCGGCAUGGACUUCUCAUACGUUGACUCGCCUGGUCAUUUGCCAAUAGCAGAGCCAACGAAUGAUCGCCGACACAGUACAGAUGGUAGUGGGGUGCUGACUCCGCCAAGCACCGAUGAGGGAGAAGAAGAGGAAGGAAUAGAAGAAACAGCUGGCACCGCUGACUUGCAAGGAGAAGCCAACGAUCAACUCCAGAGCGAAUUCACGCAACCUGAGACUGAGGGAACGAGGUAUCAGGAAGACGAUCAAGAUGAGCUGAUGCUUGAGGAUGAAGAUGCAGAGGACGAGCUGCAGCAAACCACACACGACGAAUACGAAAGUGAAAAACACGAGCGAGGUUCAGGCCGUCACACGAACUCGAAUCGCGACGAAGAAUACGUGCCAAGCAGAAACGACAGUAAAAGCCCAAUUUCUGAAGCUGAAAGUCCCGACGAGGCCGAUAAGGCUAUUGCACGUUCCAUCAAUAACAUGCCUCAAGGGGCCACCAACAAGGAGAAGCCUCGAAAGCGGCCUCCGCGGCGUCCAACCACGGACUUGACGGAGCUGCUUGGGCUGGCAAGCAGUCCUGCAAAGCCGACCCCUCAGGAGUUCAGAGUGAGCGCUCUUCAGUCCGGCUCAUCUUCGGCCCAAAAGAGGUCGAGUCCACUGAGUUCCCGCCAUGAGAACAAGAUACGAAAGGACAGUCCUUCUGGUGGCACAGCGAAACAGAGAACGCUCGAAGUGUCUGGGCAUAGCAAACUUUCAAAUGGCACUAAAGUCUCUGGCAGUGUGUCACAGGUCAGUGAUGAGGAUGAGCUGGCGAUGCCGCUGCAACUGGAGCGGCCUGCGGCACCCGCACACGCAAUCUUUCUCUCACCACCGAAGCUGACCCACGAUCCGAUUACUGGCCAAUUACUGGCUCAGCCAAAAAGAAGAGGCAGAAGGAGGAAAGUAGGAGAUGAAGGCCAGACGGAGAGUACUGUCACCGAUAGCUUUGCGAGCAAGGAAAGUGAGCCGGCGCCCAGAACUGAGUCACAGAUGGAUGUAUCGAUGGAUGAUAGCUUUGCGAGCAAGGCUAGUGACCAGAGACAGCUUCUGCAAGAGAGCGCUGUCAAGAAGAAGCCGCCACCAGCGAUCACCAACUGGUCGCGGGAAUUGCAAUCCAGCGCUAUCAAGAGAAAGCAGAACUAUCUGCAAAGGCGAGCCCAGGAGGCUGCUAGUUCCGGCGACCUCGAUCGGCCCUCUACUGGCGUCGGGCAUCGCGACUACGCAGCACCACAACGGGGCAGUGUUCAAGAUGUCUUGCACGAACAGGACGAAUACACAUACGAAGACGAGUCGACCCUCCAGCCCGAUCAUACUCGCAGCUACGAAGAAAAUCUCAACCUCGAUUCUCCAACGAAGAUCCAGGUCAACUUCAACGACACGUUGUCCUUUAGCAACGAUGUCAACCAAACAACAUCUUCGUGGCUCGCGGAGGCCAGACGACGUCCGCCGCUCUUCAAUACG